AUGAUCGAACAUUCGGAUGAUGCACUGGUGAAGGUGACGACAGCCGCAAUCUGCGGAAGUGAUUUGCACAUGUAUCAGGGAAGAACGGCUGCAGAAGGUGGGUUAUGUUUUGGACAUGAGAAUAUGGGCAUAGUGAUCGAGACCGGCUCUGGUGUUCAGCAUAUUAAGAAAGGGGAUCGUGUGGUGAUGCCGUUCAAUGUGGCAGAUGGCAGAUGUAGGAAUUGUGAAGAGGGCAAAACGGCUUUUUGUACAGGUGUGAAUCCCGGAUUCGCAGGCGGGGCGUAUGGAUAUGUUGCAAUGGGACCUUACCAAGGAGGUCAAGCACAAUAUAUCCGUGUACCAUAUGCCGAAUUCAACUGCCUUCCUCUUCCUGCUGGAAAAGAUCAUGAAGCGGAUUUUAUCCUUCUUGCCGACAUAUUCCCAACGGGGUGGCACGGUGUUGUACUUUCUGGCUUCCAACCAGGAGAAUCAAUCGCCGUUUUCGGAGCCGGACCUGUUGGAUUGAUGGCUGCGUAUAGUGCAAAGCUCAGAGGAGCAAGCAAAGUGUUUGUCGUUGAUAGCGUGAAAGAACGUCUACAAGCUGCGGAGAAAAUCGGUUGUGUCGCUGUGGAUUUCACCAAAUGUGACGCCGUCGAGGAAAUCAUAAAACAGAAUGGCCAGAUGGUUGAUAGGAGCGUGGACGCUGUCGGGUACCAGGCUUCUGCACAGGAUGGCAAGAAAGAAGUACCAAGUAUUGUUUUGGAAAAUUGCAUCAAAGUGACGAGACCAACCGGUGGUAUUGGUGUUCCUGGAUUAUAUGUCCCAAGCGACCCUGGUGCUCCAGAUAGCAAUGCUGGCCAAGGAAUGUUAUUGAUAAGUUUUGGGAAGUUAUUCGAGAAGGGUCUUUCCAUUGGCACUGGACAAUGCAAUGUCAAAGCCUACAAUCGUUGUCUGCGAGAUAUGAUUAUCUCAGGCGUCGCAAAACCUUCAUUCGUUGUUUCGCAUGAGAUUGGUAUCGAUGAGGCACCAAACGCUUAUACCAAAUUUGAUAGAAGGGAGGAUGGAUAUACUAAAGUUUUAAUCCAUCCCAACGGCCCUCUCUGA